CCCAGCAUUUUCUGGUGCCCUUCUCUUCUCUUCUCUUCUCGUCUCCUCUAUUUCCCACAAAACUCCGCGUCCCUCCGCCGCAUCGAAACCCAAAAGUCUCCUCCUUUUCCCCCCUUUUUAUUCCCCCAAGAAAUCCGAACCAUGGAUUCCACCAGCUUCUGCAACCAGCAAUCGCCGUCGUCGGAUCGGCUGCUCGGCCUCUUCUCCUUCUCUCCGCCCUCAGCCGCCGCCGCCGGCGAGGAGCUCAACGAGGCCGAGGUCUUCUGGACCAACGACUUCACCGAGCCCACCGCCGACACCCCAAACCCCCGACUCAAUCUGACUCGUCGCGUCAACUCCGGAAUACUCGCGGUCCUCCCGGAACCGGGUCAAUCGGCAAAAGUCUUGUACCGGAAGCCGACAAUUUCGUCAUCGUCGAAGCCCAUCCCUUCAAUUCCGAGACUUUCGCCGUCCCAAUUACAGUCCCAGUCGGUGCCGAAUUCGAGGAAGAUCCAGAGCUCGGCCCCGAUGAUGGUGCCGGUCCUGUCCCGGGCGGUGGAGAAGCACAGCAGAAACGACGAUCUGGCGGAUGUGGUGGACGACGACGACGGGGGAGACGACGAGAUGCUGCCGCCGCACGAGCUGGUGGCUAGGGGGUCGGGGGUGUCGGAUAGGACGACGUUCUCGGUGCUGGAAGGCGUGGGGAGGACGCUGAAAGGUAGGGAUUUGCGUCAGGUUAGGAAUGCGAUUUGGCGCAAGACUGGGUUUCUUGAUUGAUGAUCAACAAUUCUACAGAAAUCUCUAGUAUUUUUUGGUAAUUUCGAUUUUCUGCUUUUGGUUGAUCAAGAAUUGUGGUUCUUUUUUAAUGCCAAGAUUAAUUGGGGGAAUUUUUUUUUUUUAUAUAAUACCCAAUUGUUAUUUUUGAUUCUGGGUAAUUAGGUCAAGUUCUAUA